AUGAGGAUCUGCACAAGGGCUCUUGGGUCUUCAUCAAGCCAGUCUGGCAGCUUCAGCAUCUUCUCCUGGACACUGGCUGACUGUCUGGAGUUGUCUCACUGUGUAGGGGCCAACUCGCUGGGCCCCGCUGUGCCUUGGAGGUCUGGGGGUCCCUGCAAGAUGAAGAGGGUCCGCACCGUCUUCAAACCAGAGCAGCUGGAGCGGCUGGAGCAAGAGUUCCUCAAGCAGCAAUACAUGGUGGGCACGGAGCGCGUAGACCUGGCUGCAACUCUGCAUCUCACAGAGACUCAGGUGAAAGUCUGGUUCCAGAACCGGAGGAUCAAAUGGAGGAAGCAGAGUAUGGAGCAGAAGGCAGCAAAGCUGUCACAGUUUGGGGUGAUACAGCCCGCCACUGCGGACUCGACGGACAUCAAGGACCAUGAGGAGGACACGGUGGAUGUUGAACUUUGA